AGGUAUGGAAUCAAUGAUAAUGAACGCACCCAACACAAAUAGUGGUGAAGAUUUGGUGACUUUAGAAGCUGAAAUUACCGAAUUGCAACGAGAAAAUGCAAGAGUCGAAUCUCAAAUGAUUAAAUUAAAAUCUGAUAUCAACGCGAUUGAAUCGCAAAUAUCAGUAGGCGAUCGGGAAAAUCUAAUGAUCUCUCAAAAGACUAAUUUGAAUGAAUACUACAAAAGUUUACGAAAUAAUGUCAUAACAUUCCUUGGACACAAUCGUUUACCAAUUGUUGGAUCUACAGACAUAACAAAAUGAGAUGAAAAUGAUGAAUUUUAUGCAAAAUACACAAAUUGAAGAUUGAAUCGGCAAUUAAAAAGUUUUUAAGGUUAUGAAACGUUUUUGGAAGAUUUGAAUAAUUGUUAACAUACUUGAAGUUGGCUACAAAUUGAUAUUUUAUGAA